AUGGCAGCGGACGGACCCCGGCUUGAGAAGGGACGUCAGGCGCUGUAUGCGGCUCUCGAUCGGUUCCGCGAGCAGAUAGACAAUGACCUCGUCGCUGAGAAAGACAGGAACACUCGCUUGCUCAGGCAGUUCCUCCAGUCCGUCAAGGAUGGAAAAUACGACGAUUUGAUGUUGCAUGAGCCCGCAGCCUCCAAUUCGGAGCAAACGACAGCAUACGCCAUGCUAAAGCAGACUCCAGCGUCUACGACAACCGCAGCGCUUGCAGGUCCAACCUUGACAGCCCUUGCUUCUUCGACAAGCUUGAACUCGGCUCGAGCCCUUGAAGAUAUUGAUGUGACCGCCUUGCAAGCCGACCACUCCGAACUUCGCCGCAAAUUCAAUGCCCUCUCCGCAAACUUCAAGAUUGCAAAGGCAGCACUUCGCAAAAGGGUAGACGAGCGAGACGGGUGGGCCAGCCGGGCGAAACAUCUUGAAAGACUCAUCUCCACGGCCGAGAAGAAGCUUGGAAUCAAGAUUCUCGACCCGAGGAGCCAGUCUCCUCGAAGCCCGGCUUCUGCCACUGCUCAUGUCGAUGCCACUGCACUAAUGCGGGAUGCUAGUGCUUCUUUGAACAAGCGGCCUGAAGACACUGCGUGCGGUCCGGAGCCUUGUUUGUACACUCCCACUGUUGGAGCAGAGCAGACAGUCUCAAACGAGCAGGCGGAAUCCACUCAGGGCGACACCGACGACGGGUCGAGCGAACAGUUACCUCAGCUGCCUCCCGCACAGCCCAAUUACCGCCUUCUCAUCAAGCAAGAACCAUCUUCCGAUGAACCAGUGCUUGUUUCCGAGCGUGCGGUGAGAAAACGGAAGCGCGGCGAUUCCAUCCCAACCACGGUCGAGCCACGACCCAAGGCGGAGCCGACUAACGAUUCAAGUCCAAUACUCUCAAGGAUUCACUUUGCGUGUGGCACGCAAGAGAACGUCGAUCUCGGCGAAAUAGAGCAACGAAUCGUAACGCCACGCAAGCAGAAGGAAGCAGAACAACCCGAACCGGCAGACCACACGGCCACGCCGAGGCUGAAGACGUCAUCUGCGGCGCCCUCCGCGGCGCCUGCCGGAUACAAACCAUUACCGCAGCAAACGACUCUGAGCAAACGGCCCUCGGUGCUCACGCCACUCAGUGUCAAUGUGCAAAAGCCGUUCGCCAUCUCUGUCCUCGCGGAAGACGGUGAUGCUUAUGGAGCAAACCCGUCUGCGGCGAAGGGCCAGAGUCCGACUGCCGCGCCUGCAUCGGCCAAGAGCCGAUUGCACACGCUCUUGAAUAGUCCUUCCGCUGUUCCUAGCGACUCGGUCAUUUCCCGUCCGGCUAGCAGAAACUGGGAGAGGCACACAGCCUCGGAAGAUCAAUCACCAGUCCCAGAGCGCCGCAGGCUUCCAUUCACUCCGCCACCAAGCGAGAACAGGGCCCACGAGCGGUCUCCCUCGCGAAAGAACAAGAAAAAGCCGGCGUCGGAGCUGCGGGCCAAGCCGCUCUCGGAGCUGCAGCUGGAUGAUUUCAAGGUCAGCCCGCUGGCAAACGACGGCCACGACUUUGCGUUUGCCGACGUCGUCAGAGACAAGGGAGAGAGGGCGUGCCUGCCCGGCUGCACUGAUCUGCAUUGCUGCGGGAAGCAAUUCAAAGCCCUGGCCCUUUCACAGCGCCCAGAUCCACCCUUGACCCCCACACAGCGGAUGGAGGAGCAGAAGCUGCUGGAGGUGUACUUGGGAGAUCACGCGUACCGGCUCGCCAGCAUGAGCAAGGAAGAGAAGGCAGAGCUCUGGGUCGAGGCCAAGACGCAGGAGCUGGCAAACAAGUACGGCAAGCACAGGCACCGCUUCUCUCGCAUGCAGUCCCCGCCAGGUUUCUGGAAUGCCGACUUUCCCAGCACGCAGGAGCUUCAGGAGGACAGGGCCGAGGCGGCGAAGAGGGAGAGACAGGCCGUUGCUGAGCGUCAUCGCGAGGCGAUGCGUCCCGGCGGAAGAUGGCUAUUCAAGGACGAGUGA